GAAUGUGCUGAAUGCUCGCCGUGCAGCGCGCAUGCCUUGCUCAGAGUUGACUGACACUGUCCCCGUGGACAUGGAUGCGGUUGCUCAAGUUUAUGCUGAGCCGGAGCCAGCGCCUGUGGAAGAACAUGCUGCUGGUGAAAUGAUUUCCACCUACCAGAAAAAGGUUGGAAGUGAAAGUGCAACCCUUCGUUUGGGAGAGGAACCAGUCCCUGUGGAGAAGACCGCGCUUGAGGAAACUGAGGGGUCCAAAGCUGGUCCUGGCGCCGCUGUCUUGCCCAAAGAGAUUGCUCCUGAGGUACCAGUUGAUGAGCCCACAGACGCUGCUGUGGGGAAUGCUUCCGAGGGCAAAGGAGCUGACAAG